AUGACGAACCUCGCGCCGGAAAACGUCACGACUAGGGCAGCGCCCGGCGCCAUCACGCUCUACAAGUUUGUAUUUUUGCACUAUUUAUGCUAUGCAUUUCAAAUUGUUUUAAUACCUAACUCUUUAUUUUCUGGAGAGUUCACCCUGAAUACAGUUGAUACGCAAAACUCUGAUCCUUGUACAACCGACGUCGCUGCUUCUCGCAUCUUCGUGACCAACGCAGAAACCAAGAAUGCCAAAGACCAAAAUGCUACUUGUGCUGCAGAGAACGGCCGGCCUCUUGUCAUCAAAACUGUUGAGCAGCUUCAGGCAGCUCAAGUGGCAGUUAAGUAUAAUGGCGUGUCGUUAUUUACUCAAGGUAGCUGUGCUUGGCUGACAGCGACGCUCACGUCGGAUAAAGUUCUCCAGUGGCCCGACAAGACAAAUGUCACCCAGUGCCUCAAGACCCCAGACAUCGUCAUGAACCCGACCAAUCAGCUGUACAGCUUGCUGAGUGAAAAUGGAAAGUUUGUUGGCAUCUGGUCUCCGGCUUUCAAAGAAUUUCCUGUGUUGUGUUACAAGUGAAGAAAAACAUAUUCAACUGCCUUGAGUCGACAACUGAGACCAUCAGAACAAUUGUCGCGUACCAGCAAUCAAAAUAUACGCAGCAACCACCAUCAGUGAGCGCCGUAUUCCUCAUUGUCGCAGUGUGUCGCGUGAAGAGUUACUGGCGAAAAGCUGAAGCCCGCAAGAAUAAUUCUGUCCGUUGCCGAUGAAUGUUGACCAACGUUGAUCUUUAGUUGCUACAUAUUUGGCUCUUAAUCACUGCACUUUCUGUUCCAGGCGUUGAAACAAUGAAGUUCAAUGUUAAAUUCAAUUUUUCGGAGUGAAAAUUCCUUGUAAACAAAUGCUCGUAUUUCAAAUAACAAGUAAACUAUACGACCGAAACUAAAAAUACGGCGAUACUAAGCUGCAGCGCCUCCUAUUUCCAAGAUUUCGUUUAAUUUUACCGAAAUAUGCUAACUUUCACUAUUCAAAAACGGCGAAGUAUUUGAUGUUAAUUCAACUUAUGGCAGCGUUUUUCAACGCUGCAACACUCGCUCAGUUUUCACAAACGUGUAGCACGAUUGCAUAUAAUUUAAUAAAUAUCAAAUGGAGUUGCAAAAAAUUCCUUUGAAUAGUGAUAUCGCAUUAAAAUUUUCAGGAAAGUUCCCAGUUCUCUUUCUAAAAUUACAGCCAUUAUUCUGAACGAUUUUUCUAAAAUAAACAACCUACGCACAUUCCAAUCUCCUAAUUAGCAGCACAUCUAUUCAAAAAAUAGUCAAAUGAUAAAAAUAUAAGCGAUGGAUUUAGUACUCAUCAUUUGCUGGCAAAAAAUUCUUAUCAUUCUUAUUUUUUAUGUACUAUUCGCGCAAGAGCUAAACUUGUCUCCCUAGCUGCUACCCUAUCAAAAUUUUUAGUUG